CUACAAGACAUGAGAGCUCAUCUACUAGAAUGCAACUGGGGACAAGAAGAACUUCUUCUUCUAGUACAACUAGCGCAAGAACACCGACUGCGAUUGCGAAGAAAGUAGAUCAAGUUGAUGUACUGGAGUCUUCUAGUCCAAGAACAGCGGCAGCGAAGAAAGCUGAAGUAGAUCGAGAAUUGCUGGAGGCUGAGGUAGAGCGACGCUUUCGUAAGCUCUUGGAUGACAUCCACAGUUCUUCUUUGCCCUCUUCCUCUUCGAGAACAACUACUACUUCUUGUUCAUCUAGCAGGAGUACCACUUCAAGCACAACUACCUGUUCUACUUGUUCAUCAUCAUCUACCAGUAGUCAUAGAACCGACAAGGACAUCAAGGAGGUACUUACUAUGAAACCGUUUACGUUUUGUGAACUGUUUGCGGGUCUUGGUGGUUUCAGGAUCGGCUUAGAAGCUCUAGGAGGAACCUGCGUUUUCGCCUCAGAAAUUAAUCCCGUGUGCCAAGCAGUCUACGCCGGAAGGUGGAAAGAAGUUUCAUCGUAUCGUGCUAGAGAUACUUCUACAGACAGUCGCGAAAUGAACAUGAAGACUUCUCAUAUUAAUUAUGUUCCAGGCCCAGCCGCGAAAAGCGAGCUUUUGUCUGGUGACAUCUCUGCCAUGGGUCCAGGGCAGUUGCAUGGUGAUAUCACUAAAAUUCCCUGCUCCGCCAUUCCUGACCAUGACCUGUUAGUUGGUGGAUUUCCUUGCCAACCCUUCUCGCGAUUAGGAAACCAGGAUGCUUUCGAUGAAAAGCGGGGAAGAGGUGUCUUGUACCUGGAAAUUCUGCGAAUCUUGGAACAAAAACAACCCAGGAUGUUCCUAUUAGAAAACGUCCCAGGAAUAGCGGACCAACAUCAAGGAGAAAACGCUGUACUUGAUUACAAGCAUCAAGGAGAAAACGCUGUAGCUCAUGAAGAUAAGGAUUGGACGACCACGGGAAGUGGACCUCCAUAUAAACGACAGAAGUUAUCUUCUUCAAAGGAAGCAGUCAGUGUAAAGCAAAUAAGUAGUUCAUCUUCUUCGAGAAAUACUUCUACUUCGUCUCCGACACUACUAGACGAGAAAAAGUCUUCUCCAUUGGACAUUAUCUUGUCCGAUUUGCGAUUGGGUGGGAAGUAUAGUGUGCAGGCGAAGAUCUACAGUUCCGCACCUUUGACUGCGCAGCAGCGCAAGCGCGUGUACUUUGUUGGCGUCCUGCGCCAAGAGGGCAAAAAAAGAAGAAAAAUCCGCUUCCCAGAGGAAAUAUUGCCGGACCUGGGUUUGACUGCGGCAGACGUAAUCGAUUUCGAAGAGAAAAAAGAUAAAAGUAGAAGCAAACUAGCGUUGACCCCGAUGGGAAAAGGCAAAGGAAAAAGCUCCUCGUCAUCAAGCUCCUCAAUAUCAAGGACACCAUUGGAAGAUAAGACGAGGCCCCUUCGUUUAUCCCCAGCUCAAUUCGCAAAGCUUUGGCCUAAACUCCCCUAUUUGCAGAGAGAGGGUAAGAAUCUAUUUGUCAACCCACAAACGACGAAGAAAUUAGGUCCGAUUGUCUCGCACUACGGCCACUCGCCUGGCCACGGCAACUGUCAGCUCGUUGCUCGACCUGCCGACUCGCUCGAAGGUGGCGUUCCACGACUCUUAUCCAACGAAGAGUGCCUGAGAGUCAUGGGCAUCAAUCCUGCGAAGUUCUUGCCAGACAUGGAGUCUGUCUGGGUCCCUAGUGCCGUGAAGUUUCCCUAUUCCAAACCCUUGAUCAAAAAAUCCUGCUACCACAUCAUCGGAAACGCGGUCUGUCCACCUGUGAUUGCAUGGCUAGUCGAAAAAGUUGUUUUGCCAGCUGGGGGAUUCGUGGAGAAGAAGAUUGUAGCCUCUGCGUCUGCUGAAAAAGAAGAAGCACGACUUCUAUGCAAACAACAAGGUUCCGCUGACGGUGACGCUGAGAUGCAAGAACAAGAACAGCUUCUACCUGCAUAUUUGAGACUGGCAUUAGAAGCUAUACGUGACUUUUGAGUACAAAGACUAUACUUAGACUCUUGAUGGAGGAGGACUAUUCGAGUCUUGACUUUCCGAACCUUCAAACCCACCAGUCAUCCCAUCAUGAUGAACCACGCAGUAUCGAUGUCUAUCCAACUUAUCCAUAUCCACCCACUAAGUGGGCAUAAAAUUAUAUGUCAUGAUACCAAGAACUGAAGAGUCGUGGAGGAUACUAGAAGUAUCUAUGCAUACCUUGUAGAGCAUCUGCAGGCCACUAUGAAGUUCCGAGCAU